AUGUCGGCGGCAAAUGGGUAUGCGGUCGGCGCCGGGCUCGUGCUGCUGGUCGACGUGCUCUGGACCGCGUCCAACUUUCUGGCGAAUACAGUGCUCACACAUGGGUACAAUAAGCCGUUUGCCGUGACCUACCUGAGCACUGCGAGCUUUGUCGCGUACCUCGUGCCGUUUGCGUUCUUGUACUGGUACCGCGGGAAGCCUUCCGCGGAGGAUGCGCCGCCGCAGUGGUACGAAAAGCUGGGCUUCCGCCUGCCCCCGAUGUACCCCCCUCCCGCGGAUCAAGUGCGCGAGUCGCAGCGCAGCCUUUUGCGCGCGCCGAGCGACGGGCGCCCGCUGCGCCCGUCGUCGAUCGACGGCCGGCGGCCGUCGAGCAACCUGAAUAUGCGCGUCGAUGCUCCAGACGCCAUGGCCACCCGCCCCCGCCGCGCCUUGUCGCGUGGCCGCAGCUUUACGAAGCGCGGCACCGAAGAGUCGCAGGAGCUCACGCGCGACGCACCACCUAGCUACGGCUCCGAGUCGGACGGAUCCGAGGCGGGCGACGCGUUGCACCUAGUGCCCGCGUCCGAGCUUCCCCCGCUGUCGCUGAGCGAGACCGCGGUGCUCUCGAUGCAGUUUGCCGUCGUGUGGUUUGCGGCGAACUGGACGUUUGUCGCGGCGCUUGGCUACACGAGCGUGGCGAGCGGCACGACGCUCGGCUCGUCGAGUGGCUUCUUUACGCUGCUGCUCGGCAGCAUGGUCGGCACCGACUCGUUCUCCCCUGGCAAGCUCGCGUCGGUCUUUUUGAGCUUUUUCGGUGUCGCGCUCGUGGCGUGGGCGGACAGCGGGGCGCCGCACGCAGUCGGCGUCGCGCCCCGCCCGAUCCUCGGCGACGUGCUCGCGAUCGUCUCGGCAAUGUGCUAUGCGCUGUACGUGACCCUCUUGAAAAUGCGCAUCGGGUCCGAGGACCGCAUCUCGAUGCCCCUCUUUCUCGGCCUCGUCGGCCUGUUUAAUCUCGUCGCAUUCUGGCCCGUGGGCCUCGUGCUGGACCUGAUCGGCAUCGAGCCGCUCGCCUGGCCCUCCGACGGGCUGAUGUGGGCGGGCCUCGGGGUGAAUAUGGCCAUCACCGUGGUGAGCGACUUUGCGUACCUGCUCGCGAUGCUCAAGUCGUCGCCGCUCUUUACCACAGUCGGUCUCUCGCUGACAAUCCCCAUGGCGGCGCUCGGCGACGUGGUGCGCGACCCUGCGUCGAUAAACAUGCAAAACGCCCUUGGCUCUGUGCUGGUGCUCCUGAGCUUUGGCGCGAUUGCUUGGGAAGAAAAUUGGACCGCCUAG